CAAUCCCAAACCAUGAUGUCAAGACCACUGUGAAUAAGACUGAAUUACAAAUCUGAACAUUGUAUGAACAUGGCAUCCGAAAAUCGUGUCGCCUUAGUGACAGGAGCGAAUAAGGGGAUUGGCCUCGCCAUUGUGAGGAACUUGGCUUUGCGGUAUGCCGCAUCGUCCAAAGAUGAUGUAUCGACUAUAAUCUACCUCACAGCUCGCUCAGAAGAACGUGGCGCUGAGGCCGUCAAAGCGCUCUCCGAUGACCGACGACUCAAGGAAGCUAAAGCCCUGCAACAAGAUGGAGGUAGCGUAAGCAUAAGUUUCCACGCGCUCGAUAUCAGCAAUAGUAAAAGUAUCGACGCCGUACGGGAUUACCUGGCCAAGCAGCACCCCGAAGGUCUAGAUGUGGUCAUCAACAAUGCUGGCAUCGCACUCCAAGGAUUUGAUUCCCAAGUCGUUCAGCAGACACUACAGACCAAUUAUUAUGGCACCUUGGAAGCCAGCCAGAAACUUUUGCCCCUGAUGAAGCAAACCGGCCGCUUGGUCAACGUGUCGAGUAUCCUCAGUGCAGUGGACAGGUACUCCCCUGAAUUACGUGACGCUUUUCAUGCUGCCUCGAAAACAUCAGUCGACGCUGUAUCCUCGCUGAUGGCCCAAUUCCAAACCGCAGUCGACAAAGGCGAGCAAAGCAAGUCUGGCUUCCCAUCUUCAGCUUACGGCGUAAGUAAGGCAGGCGUGACCGCUGUCACUAAAGUCCUGGCGAUGUUGGAAGCACAGCGGGGCUCGGGAGUCUUGGUAAAUGCUUGUUGCCCUGGCUAUGUCAAAACGGAUAUGACUCGUGGCGGAGGUAUGAUUACUCCUGACGAGGGCGCCCAGACUCCAGUCCUACUUGCUCUUGGCGAUAUCGGUACCACCUCGGGUGAAUUCUGGAAAGAUGAAAAGGCGAAGGCAUGGUGAGAAUGAUGCAGGUCGGCUCACAGAUGUACGUGUGAAUGCAGGAUGUUACAACAUCGAGAAAUGAAGAGAAAUCUCGUUUCAUUGAAUAAGUAGCUUCCUUCCAAGAUUUCACGAGUAAUAAUCAAGGCCCAGGUGGUACGUAGGUACAGUGAGUAUUGAUACGAA